UUAUUUUUGCAUUAAACGCUAUCGUGGAAGGAUGUUUAAAAUGAAAAUGUUCAAAAGUUUUGUUCUGGUAAGUAAAUUACGUUUCGUAAUCGCAUGCGGUCUUGUUUAAAACGGGGAAAUCCGAUAAGGGUAUUAUUGCUAUGUUGAUAUUAUUUCAUGGUGUGAAGAAACCCAAUCAAAUGAGCAAAUAAAUAAUAUAGUUGUACAGAAUUUUGGUACUUCGAGUAUAUUUGGUACACUUGUAAGUUACAGUAUAUUUCAUUGGUAUCUCUCGAAUAUGGUCGUAACUUUCGUAAAGAUUGAGUCACGAUCUUUCUCAUCAGCCGAAAUACAACAUUUUAAAACUGAAAAUACGCCGAGUGAUUAUAACUAGAGAAUUCUUAUAUAUGAUUUAUAUGUGGUUUACAUGUAUAAACUAUUAUAAACUGGCCGUUGAGAAAGAUCAUGACUCAAUUUUUACGACCAUUUUUACGAGUUACAUGGUCAGAAUCUUUGGUAACUUUACGAAUGUAUAGAUCACUAGCAGAUACUACCACAUCAUAGCGAUCACUACCACAUCAUAGCGAGCUAGCUGUUACGGUUUAAAUGAGAACUCAUUCAAAUGGCCGAAAAGCGCCAAACUUGACAGUAAUAAGCUUUCUGAAAUUGACAUUGGUCUGUACAGUACAUUAGAACUUAACUGUUCUCUGUUGGAAUUUUGAGAGUUUAGAAUGUUUUUUAUAUAUGAAUACAUAAUAGUGUUUAAACUUUAAUGCUAACCUAAUUUCUCAUAACUUUGGUAUAACUACAAAGUUUGUUUAUUGACAAAGGCUAAAAAGAAUUUGCUAGGCUGACCACAUUUAUACGCAAGCCGCUGAAAAUUCCGUAACAUAUGUUACAAAAUUUAUGGUGCAAUUUUCAUUGCAUCACGUGGCAAAAGUGUGCACGCAAAAUUCUAUGAUAAACAGUUUGAUUGUCGAUUAUCUUUUCAAUAUUAAAUUCAUAUAGCUAAACUAACGCGAAGAUUGCUAACAUAUUUCGAAUUCCAGUCGAGGUUAAAAGGUUAUGUGUAUAGGAAAACGCAUUGUCAUAUAUGGCAAAAUUCGUGUGGAAACCAAACGCGUGGGAAGCAAUAUAACAUUGGAGGAUCAAGUACAUUUUCUAUUAGAAAAUGGCACUUCGUCCAUGUUUAUAUUGGGCCUGGUUAUAUGACGUUUUUAUUCCGGCUGGCUUGGAAACUCACCAAGAUAGAAUAGCGUGUUGAUAUAGAAGGAAGAAACACUUGUUCCGACGUUUCGGCUCGCUGGAAUAGAGUGCUUACAUGGCGAAUUUCUGCCCCUGCCGGACAAGUUUGCGAUAGAGUUUAUAUUACAAGCAGGAUCUUGGCAACUGCCCUAUACACAUGCAAAAAUCUCACGAAUGGAAGCAAGUCUGCCAACAUGCUGUCGACAAGUUGUGUUCGCACUGCUUGUCCCAAGUUGUCAACACGCUUGGAACAACCUUGUUGAUAUUAUCAGACUUGUUGCAAGGUUGUUCCAACAAAUCCGUUACAGUCAUGAUAUAACAAUAUUGUUACAACGUUGUCUCGUCGACCUUGUAACAAGUCUGAUAAUGCCAUCAAGCUUGUUACAAGUUGUUAACAGCUUGUUUCAAACUUGUUACAAGAACUGGAAACAAGCAGUAUCGACAGCUUGUGACAAGCUUGGUGGCAUUAUCAGACUUGUAGCAAAGUUGUUCUAACAAGUCUGAUACAAUGAUGUAACAAGAAUGUUACAAGGUCGACGUCACAAGGUUGUAACAAUAUUGUUAUAUUAUGAUAAUCAUGACCGUAUCAGACUUGUUGGAACAACCUUGCAACAAGUCUGAUAAUAUCAACAAGGUUGUUACAAGUUGUUAACAGCUUGUUCCAAACUUGUUGACAACUUGUAACAAGCAGUGCGAACACAACUUGUUGACGGCGUGAGGCAGACUAAUUGCUACAAGAUGCGAGAUUUUUGCGUGUGUACGCAAUAAAAACGUAACAGAACGGCAAACGUGCAGAUUCGGCCAUCUCAAAUAAUGGAAUGUGGGGAUAGUAGCGUUGCAGAUUGCAUGCAGAGGAGAGUGGGAAGUAAGGUUCCCUCAUGCACCACCCCAUGGAAAACCUACAUCCCUCUUAAUUUGCAGAUGAGACUAGAUCCGUCCCUGCAGGGUUUUUUUCAAGCAUAGCACUCGACAGGAAAUUCUCUACCAAGCAACAUAACCAUUCUAUUUCUACCAUCUUACAGGUUUUUAUGGCAGAGCAUAUACAUUGGUCAAUUGCGACAAAAUGUGGCUUGAAUCAAAUCACCAUCAUACAAAACCGUUCCGAACAUUGUGUCGACUGCGUUCAAUGUCCCAAGGGAAUGGGAAGUAUCCCACAAUGCGGUUCGUUUCUCACGAGAAACACGACAGUCACGUGCAAGGCGUGCGUCAAAGGCGUGUCGUAUUCAGAGUCACAUGACCACACCUCGUGCAAACAGUGUAGAAUAUGCGUGGAAAACGAAGAAGUGAUUAAAAACUGUACAGCAACCUCGGAUGGUGAAUGUGGAGAAUGCAAGCCAGGGUAGGCCAGUGUGUAGAACAGGGCUCGAAAUAGCGGGUUGCCAAUGAAGUAGGUCAUAUUUUAGAAAUGGCAGGCAAAAACAAAUUUGAACUGCCAAAGUAAAAAAAAUUCUAUAUAUAUAUUUCAUUUCAUUUGCUUACCACAAUUCAAUAUACUAGAUCAUUUAAGUGACUAAAUGCAUUUAUAUUUGAAAUGUAAAUCCAAGUUUACUUAAGUAAAAUAGACAAGCAUAAUUAAAAAUAAUAAAAAUGCAUAUCAUGAAAACACUGAUUUUUACAAUAUGACUUCUAUGAGACAUCGCCAUUUUGGCAGUUCAAUGAAUAAAAAUGGCAGGCUAAAAUUUGUUUCACCUGCCAAAAAAAUUUAGACUGGCAGGCCAUAUUUUUUCUCUACUUCGAGCCCUGGUGUAGAAUUUUGCAUUUAGUGCUGAGUGUUGCAUUUCGAGAAUUUUGUUAUAUUAUCAAGUUACAAGUUUGUUAAAACCUAUUCAUAACUUGUUAUCAACCAGCCAUGCAAGCACUGGUUCAUAACGGCAUGUUGGCGGCACAAUAUAUCAUUAAUAUUAAUACACGUGAUCCCCCAGGCACAAUUUGACCAGUAAAGGGUCCUCCCUUACUGGACCUCUAUGAAGAACAAUUUAAAACUGUCAGAACUAUCGAAUAUAAAUAAAACUAAUUUUAAUAAGUUAACUAGAAUGGUUCCUCGUGCUAGCUAUAAAUUUAGAUCUUACAAUUGUGCAACCACAUCAGUUUAAAUGAGUUUAUAUAUAUAUAUAUGUUCGCGUGUAUAUUACUUGUACUAUGAAAUUAUCGUUAGUGCUAUCAUAGUAUAUCCUAAGUUAUGAAAAUAUCGCAUUAUUAAUUUAACAAAUAUAUCCACAGGUAUUAUCGCAGUUUCGUGUUUUCUUGUGUAAAAUGCUCGCCUUGUUGCCAGGAUACGCAGGAGGAUGACGUGGAACCACAAUGUUUGAAACAAGGAUUCUCCAGAGACCGAGCCUGUCGGUACACGGGUAGAAAUUGCGGGGGCAUGAAACCAACUUCAAUGAAUAGUAUGGUAUUUAAAUCCACAGCAAGCCAAGAAUUAGAAAAAAGUAACAUUCCUUUACCUUACAUCAUUGGUUUGAUGGUUUUCGUGUUUGUAGUUUUUGUACUGGCAUUGCUGGUCAUAUUUCUAAUGUAUCGAGUUUACGGUGCUGGGAAGGGUAACAGGUCAAGGGUGAUAUUACGGCUUCAAGGUAAGGGAAUGAACGGAUAUAUUGCAUGGAUAUAAAUUGGCACACCUAUGGAUGAUAAAAAGACUGAAUUUAUUUAACUAUCCAGGGCUGGUUUGAUGAGCUAUUUAAUGUACGGCUAAUUGCAAAUUAUUUUUGUAUGGUAUGUUAUAGUCACUGGAUCAUGACUGGAUGGAAUGGAGAACAGUGAGAUUUUCAAAACAAUGAAAAGUCAAAAGACAAUGGAACAUUCUGGUCACGGGAUCAUGACUGAAUGGCAUGGAGAACAGUGAGAUUUUCAAAAGAAUGAAAAGACAAUGAAACAUUCCGAUCACUGGAUCAUGACUGGAUGGCGUUAAGAACAGUGCCAUUUUCAAAACAAUGAAAAGACAAUGAAACAUUCCGAUCACUGGAUGGCAUGGAGAACAGUGCGAUUUUCAAAACAAUGAAAAGACAAUGGAACAUUCUGAUCACUGGAUCACAGGGAUGGAUCCAGCAUGAUCUGGUAGGGGGGGAGGGGGUGGUCUGGUGGCAACUGCCGAGUUGUGUCGGUCACAUGUGCCGCCCGCCCAUCAACUACUGUAUUUGAAUUGUAAUUGUUCACAGUUCACUUGUCAUCAUGUUAUUACUCAAAUUACUGUAUCUCAUUUUGUCUUUUUUGCUUUAUCAUAAAAAAUAGCACCCCCUGCACCCCCUCUGGCCAGUGCUAGGGGGGGGGGGGUAUGCACCCCCCAGUAAAUCCAUCCCUGCUGGAUCAUGACUGCACGGAUAGCAUGGAGAACAGUGAGACUAUCAAAGCAAUGAAAAGAAAUGGAACAUCUUGAUCACUGUAUCGUGACUGGAUGGCAAUAUUGUUUUGCAAAGACCCAAUUCUAGAAAGUUGCACAUAUCAAGAGUUAUGUUAAUAUUCUUAUAUUCUUUUUUAUGCUGUUUAGAUCAGUAUGACAACAAUGACAAUGUUCACCUAUCAAGCCAAGUAGAACUCGGAAAACCUUUGGUUCAUCAAACAAAACUUUGAACAACAACAACUAUCAGAAGGGAGAAGUGGUCGAAAUAGAAAGGGCGUUUGGCCAUCAAAGACGACAAUAUGUUUGGAAUUGUAAAGGACGAAUAUUAAUGCAGGACUAUAUAAGCAUAUAUAAAGCUUAUUAAUUCACUGAGAACAAUAUUACUACCGAAACUGCAUGUCCUUUACAACAUAUCCAAGCAGACAUUUUCCGAAUUGACCAUUUGCGUAAUAGACUAAAUUUUGAUCUAAACAAGUCUAGAGAAAAAUUUCAUCACAGCUUGAAAGAGCAUCACAAAAUUGGUAAUAUUCCGAAGUUUCGUUGCGAAAUGUUGUAAAAUGCGGAUAAUAUAGCCUUGCGAAGUUUACAAUUUUCAGUCAUUUUAGAUUACAAACGGGAAAUUAAUACCCAAACCCAAUUGCAAACUUCGCAAGGCUAUAUUAUCCGCAUUUUACAACGUUUCUCAACGAAACUUUGGAAUAUUACUAAUUUUGUGAUGCUCUUUCAAACUGUGAUGAAAUUUUUGUCUAGAUCAAAAUUUAGUCUAUUACGCAAGUGGUCAAUUUAGGAUACUGCAGACAAGGUAUAUUCACAGAGAAAGAUUUAAAUUUCCAUUAAUGGAUUUUUGAAUGUAAAAACAGAACUCUUACCAUUCUUGGUUAUUAUAUAGAUUUCCCAUUUGAUCAAUUAGUAAAAACUAACUAAAAUGUUUAAUAUUUACAGGAAAUACCAAUAAUAAACAUCAUCGUUUUUACCAAUUAACUAUAUGGGAAAUCUAUAUAUUAACCAAUAAUGGGAAGAGAUCAGUUUUUUACAUUGAUACUCGAUAGUAUACAGUACAUGGUAUGAUGGUAAAUCUUAAAAACCAUUCAAAAACCAUUAAUGAAAAUUUAAUUUUUCUCUGUGAUUUUGUAAGGCUUAGGCCAGGGUCAAUUGGUCAAAUGUCGAACUUUUCAUGUGCCGAACCUAAUGUUAAUGAGCUAAGUUCUUUGUCUCACUUCAUUUGCAUUAGGUUCGGCGCAUAAAAAGUUCGACGUUUGACCCUGGCCCUAGCUUUUUUAGAGUAUGCUAAAUAAGAAGAUGUAUGUCCAAAUUGUUUGCAUAUAAAAACAGAAAAGAAAAACAAACAAUGGAUGUUUUAUAAAUCGAUAACAUUUUGUUCACUAACUAACAUUUUGUUCGAUAACAGUUUGCUAUGUGUGUAUAUGGUAAUUACCACGAGCGUUGGCAAAUUGUCAAGUUUUAUUGCUUAUAUUACAUAAUUUAUAUGAAUGCUUCCAAAUUACGAUGUCGGUAAAGGUCAACUUAUACAUGUUUGUAGACAAGUUGUGUGCUUGAUUUACACAGUAUAACUCAAGUUGUAAGCAGGUUGCAUGCGACAGUUUUAGGCAAAAAUUGUGUAGUGUGUAUAAAUCGGUCUUAAACGUACUACGCUUAAUGUUUUGGACUGCGCGGUGUAUGAAAUCAUUUGGGCUUGGCAUAAACUCAAACUAUGUAUGGUGAACAAAAGGGUGACUGACAAAAAUGUCUUAAAAAGUCUCUCUGCAAGUGGAAACAUGCCUAUAUCUGCAUCGAAAAUCACUUUUUAUUUCUGACUUGUCAAAUUGGCAAGUCGAGUCCGAGAGGAAGUACAUAAAGAGAUCUCACUUCAGGUUAAUUUCGCGUAAGGGAUUUUUUAAGUCCGCCAUGUUCUUAACAAGUGCCCUAAAGAGAGGCAGUCACCCCCCUGAAAACAUAUUGAAAAUUUAAUAUUCCAGGGGGGUGAAUGCCUCUCUUUAGGGCACUUGCUAAGAACAUGGCCGCCAGCUAUUUCGGUAAAAAAGCGCCUUACGGUUUUGUAAUGGAAGUUACACUUCUGUAUGUCUUUAUUCUGUGUCCGAGUCGCGUCAUCUGGAGCUGUUGACUCGGACCGAGCGACACUGAAUCAUGCAGACCGACAACUACUGUUUAUACUACACAUAUAGCAGGCGAAAGGCUCAAAGGCACAAUGUACCACAAAUAAAAUAUUUUAUCGUAUCCUACCUCAACUGCGAUCAGCCACCACGACAACUCUCUGGCCAUAUUUCUUGAUACAUUGAUCGACGUAUUCCACGAUCUUUUUUAAUCUUCGGUCGAUCGCGUCCAAAUGUUUUUGCGAGAGGAUCGGAGCUAGCGGUUCAGAACUCAUAGAUUCCUGCAAGACUUCGCUGAGUUUCUUAUCGUUCUGGUUAUCGAGAGCUUUUAUUCUUUGCCACGUUGAACGAAGGAUUC